AUGUUCAUCCCUGGAAACAUUCCCAAUAUCCUAGCCAAUAUCCUAGCAGUAUCCAAGAGAUCGGUUCACAAGAAGAUUCAACCACUUCCAACCGAGUAUCUAAUGGCCUUCUGUCUGUUAAUCAAUAAAUCUCAGUUUAUAAUUGCAUACACUCGCCAAUCGAUCUUGGUGAACGUCGUCGGACUCCGAUCUUUCAUGUUGUCCUUAAUACAAGGUGGUGAGAACAGUAAGAACUUUGAGAACGUGUACGAGGUCAAGCAAUAA